UUUACUCGCGUCCGGUCCGCUGCCGUCUGCACUUUCUUCGUUCAGUCGCAUCGCAGUCGCCGUCUCGGGCCGUCGCACUACAACACCACAACAGGUCCGUCGUUGGAAUAAUUAUUAUUAAAAAGUACAAGUGUCGUUUUUUUGCAAAAAUACCACCCUCCGGACUUGGCGGCGAACCUCCCCCGCCGGCGCACGUGUUUAUGGUGCCCGACUGUCGACGAUGCGGCCGCCGCAGCUGCAGCUGCUGCACGUCAUUUGCACCGUGUACCUGACGACACUGGCCACCAUGGUUGCGAUAACGGACUGCCAAGCUGUGCCGACCACCGUGCAGAACUCUGCCGGUUCAAACGACACGGCACCGUCGAACAGACAACACGACAAGAGGAUAUUCUUCGACGACAUAUUCGGAUCGGUCAGCUACGAGCCCGAAGAAAAGGUGCCCGUCGGAAAUUGCACUUGCAAUUGCGGAGUCCCCAAUCAAGAAAUCCGCAUUGUGGGCGGACGACCUACCGGGGUGAACAGAUACCCUUGGGUAGCCAGACUCGUGUACGAAGGCCACUUUCAUUGCGGGGCGUCGCUCAUCAACAGCGAUUACGUGCUGACGGCUGCUCACUGUGUCCGGAAGUUAAAGAAAUCCCGAAUCCGUGUCAUACUCGGCGACCACGACCAGAGCAUCACCACCGACGGCGAAACCAUAACCAGAAUGGUGGCAUCCAUCGUGAGACAUAGAAACUUCGACGUCAACUCUUACAACCACGACGUGGCCCUGCUGAGGCUGAGAAAAGCCGUCACGUUCUCCAAGGCAGUGCGGCCCAUAUGCUUGCCGACGCCCACCAGAGAACCGUCCGGGAAGAUGGGAACGGUAGUCGGUUGGGGUCGGGUGUCCGAAGGCGGUAACCUAGCCACUGUUGUGCAAGAAGUGCAGGUGCCCAUCUUGUCGUUGGCCCAGUGCAGAGCUACCAAAUACCGACCGCAACGGAUCACCAGCAACAUGAUUUGUGCGGGAAGAGGAGUGGAAGAUUCUUGUCAGGGAGAUAGCGGCGGUCCUUUGUUGGUGAACAGCGAAGCUGACGACAAGUUAGAAAUCGUCGGCAUUGUGUCGUGGGGAGUAGGAUGCGGACGACCAGGUUACCCAGGGGUGUACACCAGGGUUACGCGAUACUUGGAUUGGAUACAGAAGAACAUGCAAGACACUUGCGCUUGUAUAAGAUAUGUUAUCCCGGUCGCACUCCACUCCUUAAAUAAACCUCAUAACGCGUACGGGCACGAUACAAAAGUGGAUUCUCGUUUGUUAUUCUUAGGUCGUAGGUAUUCAAUUAAUGGUCUUAUACACGAUAUGUCUUAUACCGUUAAGAUACCCAACCCGCAGCGACUUCGGGUCACAGUCAUGACACUGAAUCGCCAAGGUUCGCGGCUCCUCGCCAGUGUAUUGCUGGUAACAUGUGUACAACAGGGUGUCGGCCUCAGAAAGUACACCACGGAUUUCGAGCACCGCAGACCUACUCCACAGGGUAUCGCCGAUUUGUUCACCAGGAGAGGCGAACAAUGCGAAUGCAGCUGUGGAGUGCCCAAUUCUGAUACCAAAAUCGUCGGAGGCGACCCAGCGGACGUGCACGAGUUCCCGUGGAUGGUCCGACUGUCUUACUUCAAUCAGUUCUAUUGUGGAGGCACGCUGAUCAACGACCGAUAUGUCUUGACCGCCGCGCACUGUGUCAAAGGGUUUUUUUGGCCACUCAUCAAAGUCACUUUGGGCGAACACGACUACUGUAACGCCACCCGGAAACCGGAAACCAGAUUCGUCUUGAGGUCCGUGGUCGGCCAGUUCAGCUUCUUUAACUUCCAAAACGAUUUGGCCCUGUUGAGGCUCAACGACCGAGUGCCCAUGACCGUCACCAUAAGACCCGUGUGCUUGCCCACCGACGAGAACGACACUUAUGUCGGCGACACAGGCAAGACGGCCGGCUGGGGAACUUUAUACGAAAACGGCAAGCCUUCGUGUGUUUUGAGACACGUGGACGUGCCCGUGGUGGAUAACGAAACGUGCGGCACGAUGAACUACACCGAAGGUCUGAUAACGGAGAACAUGAUAUGUGCCGGACACGAGCUGGGCAUGAAAGACUCUUGCCAAGGAGACAGCGGCGGACCGCUGAUGAGACGGUUGGAGAACAAACGGUUCGAAAUCAUCGGAAUCGUUUCGUGGGGACACGGGUGUGCUCGUCCAGGGUUUCCAGGAGUAUACACAAGAGUGGUCAAGUAUUUGUCUUGGAUCAAGGAAAAUGCCAAAGAUGGAUGUUAUUGUAAGGAAUAGUGUAAGAUAAAGCUUAAUAUUCAUAAUUAAGAGUGUGUAAUGUGUAACUUGGAGUUUAUUUGUCUCUAAACUAUUAUUUAUUUUACAAUAUUAUACAUACAUAUAUCAUAUAUAUUUAAUAAAUUUAAAUGAAUCAAUAAUCAAAAAGAAAAUUGUAUUAUGAUGAAACACUUGUAUAUAAUAAUUAGCCGGUAGUUGUUU